UUGUGUGUCCUGGUUACCAUCAUAUCACCAAGGGUUUAAUUACUGCUGAGCAAACCACAGAGAUGCCUCAUGAGGGAACUUGACAGAGAAGACUAGGAUGAGUAAAAUCAGGUAAGACGCCGUACAACAGGGGGGUUGCCGGUAAACCAAGCUCAGACACGUAUACAGAUACAGAUAGGAAACUUCAGUGGUUAAUGUGCCCACAGAAGACGGAAUAAGACAUCCUGCCAGGAACAGAUCUGCACCGACAUGAGAAGAAUUGUGUGUAAGUGGGUUAAGGAAAGCACCGAGGUCAAAAGUGUGCUCUGAUCAAAGGGCUGUGCAGACGAUCUCACCAUCUGUUGGUAAAGAUUAAUCCACAACUUGCCUCUUCCCAUCACCGAGUUCACAAUUCGUCCCACCUUCCCGCUAUGACGGGAGAUGUUGCCCCAGCUCCCCAGCAGGGGGACCCAGCUGCUGCAGCACCCAGCCCCAGCAGUGGCCCUGGGGAGCCCAUGGAUGUGGAGUGUCCCAUCUGCUACCAGGAGUACAACCAGUACAACAAAUGCCCCCGGAUGCUGGAGUGCCUCCAUGUUUUUUGCACCGAGUGCCUCCAGAGGAUCCAGCUCUGCCCCUGCGAGCCCCCGGACACCCACAGCCCACCAGCCAUCCCCUGCCCCCUCUGCCGCCAUUUAACCCCACUGGAGGCCGGGGACGCCCUCACCUUGCCCUGCAGCUCCCGCAUCCUGGCCAGGCUGCCCCCCAUGGCCUUCCGCCUGCCCGUGACCAUGGCCACCCGUCUGUCCACGGUCACCCAGGGAGUGGUGCUGUCCCUAGAGGGCAACAGCAGGGACACGCGCUUCAUCAUCCUGCCCACCGUCAGCUUGCGGGUGCAGCAGAUGCACCCAGACAGGUCGUACGGCACUGCGUCAGGCCUGGUGGGUGAGGAGGAGGCCAUACAGCAGAGCAAGGGGACGCUGUUCUGUGUGCAGCUCCUGGCAGUCAUCUUCUGGGUGCUGUUUGUGAUCAUCUGUGUGGUCGGAGUAGUGUUCGGACCACAUUUCUUGAACAGGAAUCUUUAAUGGAAAACAGGAUUGAUCUCCUCUAUAUAGCAGUCUUUAUAUAAAAUCAUGAUAUACUCUGCGGGAAAACACUAUAAAAAGAAGCCAGACAUACAAUUUUAUCGAAUAUAAAGCAGUUUUUUUUUUAAAAAUCAUGAAAGUACUUCUGACUAGUGUAGCUGAUAUUUACCCACUAGUUAAGUUAAAUUCGUCUUUUAUAUAUGAUCGAAUAACCCACCUGUCGUCACUGUACUGCAUAUUUACUGCUAUUUCAUCAGCGGUAGACUGAUGAAGAGGUCCCUCUAGUGGUUUGUUUUGAAACAAGUGAACUGUACUCAGAUUUGUGGUUUUUGUAGUUGUUUAAAGCUUAACAUUGCCCUUGAGGUUUCAUUUAUCAUUAACAUCCAUGUUGUUUGCUGUUUGUCUCAAUGCCUGCUUCAAUGUUACAAUGCUUGAUCAUGUUAUUAUACAACUGAUGACUGUUCUGCCAAUAAAUAAAUCGAAUGAAACUGGCUUUCAUAACACAUUUACACUGUCAGGUGUGUAUGUGUUGAGGAAAACCCAGAAAAUGGUAAAGAAUAGUGCCUGUGAGAAAGUGUGAGUGUAUUUAUUUCCUAAACUGCAUUAACUUCUCUAAUUUGACCCCCAAAGACACAUUACUCAUGGAAUCUUAUCUGAGCUCCAGGAUUUCCAUGAUAAGGAAUCUAAUUUUCUUAUCCUAGACACUCUUUAUUGGAUAAGAAAUACAAUUACCUUCAGAAAUCCUCAUUCGAAACAAUGCUGUUGAUAAUAAUUUUUAAAAGGCUGUCAUGAUGAAUCUAAUAAUUGGCCAGAAAAAAAAUAAUUUGCUAACUUUAAUGAUGGGAUUUACACUGAUUUUCCUCAUGUGGUUCCUUUUGUGUGUGUGUGUGCUAUGUGGAUCUUUUUUGGUUUUGUUAAUGGUGAUACAUUCUUAUAUAUUUAACAGUGUUCAUGUACUCUAGUGCCUCUUGUUAGAUACAUUCACUGAAACAUACUAAAUAAGAUUCAAUAGGUGUUGAACAAAUGCAAAUGUGAACAACUGUGCAUUUUGAAUUUAAAUAUAGGGGUAGGAAAUAAAAGUGUAUGCAUUUA